GCAAGCGGAGAUGAGGAGACUAAGGGAGAGGGAAGGGGACAACCGGUUGAUUCAUCCCCACAGGGCCAGCCAAGACCCAAAGGCCCUCAGCCUGAUAUCAUGGCCUUGAAACUCGAGGACCCCAGUAAUGGGUUCCAUCAUGGCAGAGUGGUGGCCUUCAUCAACGAGAGGAUGGCCAGGCACGAGAAAGGCUCUGCGUUCUGUCUCGAGAAUAUAUACUUGUCCUGGGCGGAGGUGGAGGACAAGCUCCGGGCCAUGCUGGAGGAUUGUCAGGUGCCCAGCGAGGCCAAAGAGGCCUGUGUCUGGGGAAACCUGGCCCUGGGCGUGCGCUUCACCCACAGGCAGACCCAGUUACACAAGCAUAGGGUGCAGUGGCUGCACGACUUCGCCAAACUGCACAAGUCGGCCGUGCAGGCCUCGGUCUCAGACCUGAAGUUGCUCCAGGCACAGCAGGAGCUGGAGCGCAAGGAGGCGGCCUUCCUGCUGCAGCUAGCCCAUGCCAGUCUGGCGGAGGUGCAGGAAGAGCGGGACCUCCUGAGGCGGAAGCUGUUGCACACUUCUCUCCAGGAGCCACGUGCAAAGGGACCAGGCCUGGCCGCUGCCAGCGGGACCGGGACAGAAGGAGCAGGUGAGGAGGAAGAGGAGGCAGGGGCCACUGCUCCUCCUGCAGCCGCUUCUGGAGCCACAGAAGGAGGAGGAAGACAGAAGGAUGUGGAAGGGCCAGAAGCUGCCGAAGGAGAAGAGGAGCUGUGUGGAGACCUUAUGCAGCUUCUCGGAAGGGAACGAGAAAAAUUACCCCUCUGGUGGGCACAGGGAGGGCGGUCUCAGGUCCUGUGGCACACCCACCUUGCGUUACUUAUCUGGGAUAGCAAAGCCCAGGUCCACAGCCUCACGGGAACCCCGUCCUGUCCAGCUCACUGCCUCAUUCCCAUCCGCACACUCUCUCCCCUUAUUCCUCUUCCCAGAUGUACCCAUGUCCUCCCCACCAGCAGCGCCGUUUACAGAAGGAGCUCCAUCUAG